AAGUAUAAUCAGCAGGCAACGAAUUGACCACAACCAGCUGAAGACAGUGGCAGUGGCAGUCAGCGGCUAGAGCUGAAAUGAAAAUUCAGUUUGUUUCCAGUCGUCGUCUCGUCAAUAUUAAGUCAAAAACUUCUAAUUCCUAAAGACACGUGUGGUCAGACGCAAGUAAGAAGUGAAUAUGAAAAACUUGAUAAGUCAACAACGCGUUACUUGCGAAUGCACUUACGAUCAAUUUGACAAUUAAUGUGUGGCGAGUUAUGAUAUUUCUUGACUAAUGUCUGUGUGCGUCUAAAAUAAUUUUUCAGUGCAAAAAAGUGUGGAAAAAACCACAUAAAAACGAAUAAUUAGUGCAAUUGUGUAUGAAUUGAUUUCGAGUGCCGUGUAUGCUUACAAUUACAUUUGGGUGAAAAUUUUCUUUUUUAUUACAUUGUAGUGAACGAGAGAAAUACUGUAGUAGCAGAUUUUUCGCGGUAGACUUUGGAUAUCGUUGCAUUUCGCUUGCACAGAAGUUAGUGGCGCGAUAAACGUUUGUAAUCGCGCUUCUAUUAUGUUAUGCUAGAAAGAGGCAAAUAUAAGUAAAUAUACUUAUGUAGUAAAGAGGUAAGUGCCAUAGUUAUCGCAUUCAUGCUGGGUGUGCGAGUGAAUUGGACAGGAUUUAGUACUGUCUAUUUUGUUUUUACGCCCCGCGUAGGGCCAUCAGUUCAUCAUCGUUUUUGUUUUUGUUGCGUUCUUCAAUAUUUUGUUUUUGUUUUGCUUGCAAUAUUACGGCAAUUGGUACAUGAAAUGUAUGAAAUUGGAAACGUAUGAAAAGAAGGUGAAGCAGAGAAAGAAAGAGAAAAUUGAGUGGAUUUUUUUCAGAGAGCGUAUAAACUUUUUCCCUCUCGUACAAAUAAAAGCGAGAGUGAAAAGAGCUUUUGUAGAUUUUCUGCACCCCCUGAAGGUUACGUAUUUAGCGCACUGGAGGAAAGUUUACAUUUCUUUUACGUUCCCGUACACACAUAUGUACAUAAUGUAUAUGGGUAUAUAUUACGGGAUGUGCGCUCUUCUGCAAUGUGAUAUGGUACCAAAAGUUUUUUAUAUGCGUUUAAUAUAUGCAAAUUGUUCGAGCAUUUCGCCCAAAGUGAUAUUUUAUGGCGUAGAACACGUAAUUGAGUAGCGAACUAAAGAUAUUUUUCUGAGUCUUUGAAGGCUUUCCAAAUGAUUGCACGCCAACAACAGCAAGCCAGCAAAGCAACCAAGCGACGGAAGUAACAAAAGACAGCCGAGUAAAGCGAUCCAGGCGCUGUGGCAACAACAUUGGCAUGAGUUGCAAGUGCUUUAAAGAUUGCCUACAACAACUGGUGGCAGUCUGCCCAUACGUCAAUAUACAUACAAACUAGUAGGAGAAGAAGCAGCAGCACGUACACAUACACAGCUACAUUCGCAGUUCCCUUACAGCUGAGCGGUGUGCAGUAAUCACAAAAGCAUUGCGGGUGGCUGCUGGCGGCAGUGUCGGUGUCGCGCAGACGACAUUCAACGCAGUCACAAUUAUUCGUACACAGUGGACGACGGAAGCGGAAGCUGAUUUCGAGCGUAAGAAACGAAGUCAUCUAACGGAAGUAAGCACAAAGAAAAAGAACAGAAAAAAAAAGUGAAUUAAAAAGUAAAAAAUAAAAAUAAAAAAAUAAACGAAAUUUUAAGCUGAUUUCGGCAUUAAAACGCGUAUAAGCCAGCACGCCAAAAAGUAGGCAACAGACGCAUGCCAAUGGCGCAAAUACUCGCCAUACAACGUAAGCGUUUAAUAAAGUGAAUGCCAUUGUCGUGGAAAAUUUAAUUAAAGCGCGAAUAAAACGAAAAUAUACAAAAGUGCAGUGAAAGCAGCGACAAAGUCAGAUAAAAAACAGAUAAGCAAGAAGAAUCGAAACGUGUACGAGUGACUUUAAAGUGUGUUAAGUAGCCUGGCAGACAUAGCCGACUCUACGAAGUGCAUUGAAGCGUACUGAAUGCGCCGCGUUUUAUUACUUAAGCGCGCGCUAAGCAAACGAUAAUAAAAAACCGUUCUCCGAGUGUGACUAGAAAAAAACUAAAUUCAAAACAAAAAAAAAAAACAAACUUCAGUCGUUAAACUCGUUGCCAGCGACGUCAGGCGCGCAAUACAACAACAAACGUCGCGUAAACGACAUUCCAUCGGUCAAUGUAAUUGAAUUAAAACGUCAAUGACAAGUGCAAAGUUGCGCUACAAGAAAGUGAAGAAGAAAAAGUAAAACAAAGCAAACACAAAAAAAAAAAAACAGUUGAACGCGAAGUGGCGCCGCGCUACAUUUACAGUUGAGCGCAGUGUAGAGUGUGUUGAAUAUGCGCUUAAAACUUGAUACGUCAACAAUGUGACUUUUACUAGAGUCUCGUAUAUAAACUUUAAAGCUUAAGCAAACAAUAAAUCUUUCAAAGUUGUCUGUUGCAAAAUCGUUAUAUAAUUUAGCGCAGAGGACUACGGCAAUUUAACCACACAGCCGCAGCAACAACGCUGCUCAAAGCAAAGUGAAUUUGCAAAUCAAAUCUAUGACCAUAAGUAUGCAGUGAAAAGCAAAAGAAGGUGAAGAAGCAACGAAUAAAAACAGUGUUUGAAAGUCAAUUGUAAUUGAACUAUGGAAACGCGCAGUAAGGACGCUUGUCAAACGGCAGCUGCCGAUUCCACAACAGCAAUUAGUGUAAACAGUGAGAAUUGUGUGGAUUCGACCACAACGCAACGGCAACAACAAAUCGGCGCCAACAGCGCGCCACAACAGCAGCAGCAAGUGAGCAGCAGCACCAGCACCGCGCCGAAAACGCGCUCACCAACGCCGCCAAACAACGGCAACAACAACAAUGCAGCAAAUAAUAAGGCAAAACCAACACAGCAACAACAACAACAGCAAUAUCAUCAAUUCCGCGCGCCACAACAGUUUGUGCGCCAUCGUCGCGCCACCGCUCCGGCCACGCUGCUCAACAAGAAGGGCAAAACAUGGAACAAGCGACAACAGCGUGGUGCCAAACUACAGCAACAACAACUGCAACAGCAUAUGCUACAAGGUGGCAAUGUCGUCGGUGUUGGUGGUGGCGCUGGCGUUGAUGCCGUUGUAACGGUCGCGUCUGCGGCAGCCACCGCUCAAAGUAAAGCCGACCUCGAGAAUAUACAGAAUUUCAAAAAUCAGCUUGGCGGUCAUCAUUACUAUCCGCAUGCUGGCGGCGCUGUCGGCGGCGGUGGGGGACAUCGUGGCGUGGGUGGCGCGAAUGCUGUAGGUGGCGGUAGCAGUGUUGGCGCCGCUACUGGUGCAGCUGGUGUAUCGGGCAAUGGCUUGCCACCGCCUGCCAUAGCUAACCUAGAAAAACUGGGUUACGGCCAUGGUCACAUGAAAAUGUACAAAAAGCUGCUGGCGCAUAGGGGCACCGGCGGCCAUCAUCAUCACGUGCUUUGCGCUGGCGCGGCACACAACACCAUCGGAGGCAAUGCAAACACGACUUGUUGCCUCGUAAACGGCUGCAAUGGCGGCCAACCAAAUGGCAAGGACACUGCCAAUGGCAGCACAAAUAGCUCACAAUCUGGCAGUGCUGCCAGCUCACUGCACUUCUGUUGCACACGAUCGAAAUUCUUCUUGCCGGACAAGCGAGUACGCAAAGAGACCAUCAUACCGCCUACCAAAUUCUUACUCGGCGGCAAUAUUUCCGAUCCGCUCAACUUGAAUUCGCUGCAGAAUGAAAAUUCGAAUGCUUCGUCGAACAAUAAUACGCCGGCGACCACGCCACGUCAAUCGCCAAUCACAACACCACCCAAAGUGGAGGUCAUCAUACCGCCCAAUAUACGUGAUCCAUUGCAUUUGCUCGAUCCCGUCGAUUCCAUGGAAUAUGAGAAGCAACUAACAUCACCGAUGAAGCGCAGCGGCACACGUGGCGGACACGCACACCAUCACAGCGCUAAGCAUCGUCAUCGCAAGAAUCGUAAGAGUAAGCGCCGCCGUCACGACUCUUAUCAGUCAUCUGUGGGUAGCGCAUCUAUUGGCGACAGCGACACAACCGCGCUGACCAACAGCACAAUGCCCACUGAAGCUGGUAGCGUUAGCUUAACUGCGCUUUCAUUAGCCACAACGCUUUCUGUCGCUUCGCUGCUAGAGAGUAGCGCGUCAUUGGGAGAGAGUGUCAACAACAAUGUGAGCACCGCGUGCAAAAGCGCUCCAAUGGUGGUGAGCACAUGCGAGAAUGCGCCAGCUGGUUAUCAACAGCAGCAGCAAAUGCUGGAAGAGCGCGAUGAGUGCGAAAUUUUGGAGACCGCCGCUGAGGGCAAAACGAGCGUCACUGUGGAACAUUUUGAGCGGCGAAAGAGCAAAAGCACAUCGCCAGUAAAACAACAACAGCACGUCAACAUUGUGAACUCAACAUUCUCUGGAACACCAAACGUUGCCGGCGAAACAUUGCAAAGCGCUGGAGAGCCACAAACAGCAAGUGGCACACUUGCUACAGCAACAAAGGCUGGUGUGGAGGUAGUGGGAGGCGUUGCUGCUGGUGGUGUUGGCGGCGAUAUUGUUAUCGGUGGCGCUGGUGUGGGCGCUUUGUUGCUGCCGCGUGAGCGCGCCAAUCGAGAUUUGCGUUUGGAAUUGAAUUCAACAACAUUGUCGAGUGCGAGCGGCAGCACGUGCGGCAACGCAAUGGCCGGGCUGAGCGGGCACGGUGCGCUCGCUGGCAUGGGCAUUGGUGGCGGAAGGAAACGCAAGAUAAGCGAGAGCAAUAAUUCGCAGAAGAACAAGAAAUUCCACCGCGAUGCCAUGGAUAAGAUUGUUAGUCCCGUGGUACCGCAACCUGGCGCCUGGAAGCGUCCGCCGCGUCUCGCAGCUACUGGUGCGCGCAAGCCAACGCGUCGCUCAACAUCAAUCAGCGAAACAGAUGUGCUAAGCCCAGCGGAUGAAGCCAAAUCGUUACUUAGCGAAGCUGAUAUGUUGCGCGUUGAGACGCCUGACUUCAGUAAACUCGAAACAAUUUCCGAAGUGGGACUCGCCAGCCCAUUAAGCACCACCUCCGGCGCCACCUCGGUUGCUGCGGGCGAACAAGAGUCGUUGAUGGACACAAGCGGCGGAGAGAAUUCCACCACAAUGCCGAGCGAGGAUGGAAUAACGGCUGUCUCCGCUGCAGCAAAAAGCAGCGCAAAUGUCUCAGCCAGCUCGACUGCUAUUAUGCCGCUAACAAAAAUGCCGAACUUCCGUGCCGACGGCGUUAAGUAUCAGUAUGGCAAUUACGAUCGCUACGUGGGACUGCGUCACCUCAACGAGCUGGUGGAUGUGCGGCUGCAAGUGUUUCAGCGUCACUUGGAACUCUUCCAAAAUAAAGACAUACUGGAUAUCGGUUGCAAUGUGGGUCAUAUGACAAUCACAGUGGCGCGCAACUUUGCGCCCAAAUCCAUAUUGGGCAUCGAUAUCGAUAGAAAGUUGGUAGCACGUGCGCGACACAAUCUCGGCUUAUACGUGCUCAUACCGCCAGAGUCUGCGGUCAAGCCGUCGACAAGCACGCCAUUAAAUAAAGCGUCGGAUGUGGUCGCCGGAUGUGUUAAAAAGGAAGACCAAAAAACUGCGGUGAAAGAAGAGAAGUUGACUACCGGUAGCGUUGUGGGCAAAAUAAAGACAGAAACUGCCAGCACAAAAGACACUGCCAACGCCGAGAGUGGCAAAGCAGCAGCCACCUCAGCUGACGCCAGCACAAAAAGAGCGAAAAAGACGCGUCGUCGCAAAAAGCACGUGUCGUCGCAACAGCAGGCACAACAACAACUACAACAUUAUCCACAAUUCCAUCACCACCAUCAUCAUCAUCAUCAUCAUCACCAUCAUAUGCAUCACAUGCACCAUCAUCAUCACAAUCAUUACCAACAACAACAACUGCAAGCAUUGCAUGUACCUGCCACUGAUUUAUUUCCCGUGUCAUUUCCACUGUCAUAUGGUGGCAUACCAACAGUCACAGCUGCCGCCGCUAACGCGCACGACACACAUUCGCCCAGCGCGUCCACCAAUACGCCUGGCCAUGGUAGUAAUGCCACACCGGCCAGCAGUGGCGGCGCCGCAAAUCGUAAGCGUAAAAAUGACUUUCCACGCAACGUUUUCUUUCGUCAUCAGAAUUAUGUGUUGGAAGACGAGGCGCAGCUGGCAAAUGACACACAGCAAUAUGAUCUCAUACUGUGUUUAUCGGUGACCAAGUGGAUACACUUGAAUUUCGGCGAUGCCGGCCUGAAGUUGGCCUUCAAACGAAUGUUCAACCAGCUGCGACCUGGAGGCAAGCUGAUACUGGAGGCGCAGAAUUGGGCAAGCUACAAGAAGAAGAAGAAUUUGACGCCCGAAAUUUACAACAACUACCGCAACAUUGAGUUCUUUCCCAACAAAUUUCACGAGUAUUUACUCAGCUCUGAGGUCGGCUUCAGUCACAGCUACACGCUGGGUGUGCCGCGGCACUUAAGCAAAGGCUUUUGUCGCCCAAUACAGUUGUACGCUAAAGGCGACUACACACCGAACCAUGUACGCUGGAGUGAUGCCUACUACCCACAGACACCGUUUGAAGCUUAUCGUGGCAUUUACGCCACAAUGCCACCACGUCCUGCGGGUCUAGCCACGUAUGCCAUGUCAUCGACACGCAGUCAGGCAUAUGAUACGCCGCACUACACGGGUGGCACCUCCGGCCCGUAUAGCUGCCGUCAAACACCCAUGUACCAGCCCAUUUACAAUCCACUGGAGACCGAUUCCUACUUACCCUCCUACGAUAUGGAAUACCUAAACCACAUGUAUGUGUUUGCCUCACCGCUCUAUCAGACCGUGUGGUCGCCACCCGCCAGCUUGCGUAACAGCUCUUCACACACGCCCGUCUUCGGUAGCGUACGCGAGGCCGAAUUGGAUGGUGAUGGGGGCGGUAGUGGUGGCGGCGGUAGUUAUCAUCGUCACGUAUAUCCACCAAAUGAAGAUACAUCAUCGCCAAAUGCGAAUACCGGCGGUGCUUUCAGCUCGAUACGCGAUGCGGAUACGGAUGAUUCGAAUCAGUUGCCAGCUGGUCGCAUGCAACAUGUGUAUGCGACGAAUUGUGGUGAGAGUUCAUCGUCGCCGCAGGUGCAGCACAACAACGAUUCGGAUGCGUUGGUGGAGGAGGCUCUGUCGUUGGACGAUGAGCAGCACGUAACGCAGCCGGUGGCGGUUGCGGGCAGCGGCGGUAGUGCGAAUGUUGUGAGCGCUACCAAUGGCGAGUUGUCAGGCGCAGGUGGUGGUGCUCUUGGACCAGAAGCCAGUCAGCAUUACUGUGAUUUAAAUGAUGCUUAAGAUUAUUAUUUGUUUUUUGUUUUGGUCUAAAUUUCGGCGAAUUAGCGUAAAAUGUGUGAAGCCAGUGAGCAAUGUAUAAAAGUUUUGUAAUGUAUGCAACUGUUUUGAGCGAGAAAUACGCGUUGCAGUAGGCAUUAGUUGACAGCAUGCGUAAGCCUAAGGCACACGCCGCUUUAAAGACGCUUAUGAAAAAUAUACAGAUAUAGGAAUAUUCAUAAUAUUGGCAGACGAAGAAACACGCAAGGUAAAUAAUCAAAAAAGAUACACGCUCGUGAAGCAUUUAACGAGAGUAUCGACAGAAUUUGUGCGAUAUGUCGCAUUUUCGAAAAAAUGUGCGUAUAUUUGAAAAAAUGUUCGUAUUUUCGAAAUUUUUUUCAUAUAUUCGAAAAAAUGUGCGUAUAUUUGAAAAUAUGUUCGUUUAUUAGAAGAAUUGUUCUUAUAUUCAAAAUUUUUUUCAUAUAUUCGAACAAAAUUUCAUAUAUUCGUAAAAACUUUUAUAUAUUCGAAAAAUGUUCUUAUAUUCGAAAUUUUUUUCAUAUAUUCGUAAAAAUGUUAGUAUGUUCGAAAAUAGUUUUUCUUCAUUCAAAAAUACUUGAAAAAAAACGGCAAGCAAGUUGAGGCGAAAAAAAGCAGUAAAAAAAUCGAAAAUGUUUAUAAAAUAUACAAAUAUAGUGUACUAAUUAGUUUUAGCCAAAAAAGAAAGUCGUUAUUAGUGUUGAUUUAAAUUAGUAAUAAUACAGGCAAAAAUAUAUUUAUAUAUAUAUACAAGUAUAUAUUUGUUUAUGCAGUCUUGAGUCAUGCAUAGGCCGUGUGGGCGCUACUUAUUGGAAGUACACAAAGCUAUAUAUUUCUGUUUUUAGUAUAAAAUUUUAACAAAAGCAUUCGUUUUUUAAUUUAAAAAAAAUGAUUAAGUAAAUGCUAUAAAAUAAAUCUAUUUAGAAAAAUCGUAAACCCAUGUGCUACUAUCCAAGUUUGUUGACAAUUUUAUUACAGCUAUGCUUUUUAGUUAAAAACUACAAUUUCAAGAAGUAGCGCCGCUGCACGCUUAUUGCGCAUGACUGUAUUCGUAAAAUAUUAUACUAAGAAAUAUUUUUAGCAAAAAUAUAUUAGCCUAGUGUUAAACUUACUUGUAUCUUAUCGAUUAUAGUCAUAAUUAUUUAUAAAUAACAAAAUAUUUAUAUGUAACACAUAACUAUUUGUAGAUUUUAUUUUUAGUGUAUAUUUUUCGCAUAUUUAUAUACCGCAACAGAAAAGAGAAAUUUAAGAAUUAACAAGCAAAAGAAAAACAAAAAACAGUAACUUGCAUAUACGUAAAUAUAUUUAGCAGAUAUUUGUAGCAAUUAACCCAACUAAAGAGAAUCAAAAAACGAUGGAAAAAAUAAUUGCCAAUCACCAGCAAGCUGGGCAAACGGGCAGCAGCGUUGACGUUAUGCCUUAAUUGUAGAAAUGUGUAUAUUUAAUAAAGCCAAAACAUUUCGAAGUUAAGUUUUCCUUUUACAUAAGCGACAAGCACAAGUUAAACUUGCAAACAAAAAAAAUUUGAGCUGUUUUAGAUUAUUUGCGUUAUGUCGAAAUUGCAAAACAUUGCUGACGCUGCGCGCUGCCUGUUGCUGCGUCACAAACUUAUGCGUAACGUAACAAAAACAAGGAAAUAUUAAGCUAAACACAAAUUGAAAAGCAAAUUUAAUGUCUAAUAGAAAGCUUUUAGAAGAAGAA